GAGACAGAAAGAGAGACAGAGAGAGAGCGAGAGAAAGAGCGAGAGAGCGAGAGAGAGAGAGACAGAGAGAGAGAGAGAGAGACAGAGAGACAGAGAGAGAGAGAGAGGGAGGGAGGGAGAGCAGCAUUCGUGGUGUGUGUCUGGAUUAUGUGGAGUAACAGCAUGAGCACCUGAUGAGCACUUAGGAGAAAUUCGGCAACUGAAACACAGAGGAACAAAAAGAACAUUAACCCUGACACCUGAGAGAGAGAUGGACUCCAGCCUGGUCUCACAUCACCUCACAUCACCUGGACAUGACCUCGUGACCUGCACUCAGGAUUCUAAUUAACAGCAAGUCUCCUGGAGCACAGGUGGAGAAUCAGGAACACCAGCUCUGAGUGGGGUUAGAGAUGGAGCUAUACCUGAUGGAAAGUUCUGAAGCUACACCCCCAAUUAACUCCACCCACUCCAACUCAUCCAAUCAGGAAGCGGGUGUGGCAACAGAACGGCUAGCGGUGGCAUCUCUUUUGGGUUUGCUGACAAUAUCAACGGCUGUGAUGAACGCUGGGGUCAUCACCGCCAUCUUGACCACUAAGAAGCUCCGCCUCCCUGCCAACUACCUCAUCUGCUCCCUGGCUGUCACUGACUUCUUGGUUGCGAUACUGGUGAUGCCUCUGAGCAUCCUGUACAUUGCCACAGCGACUUGGAACCUGGGUCAUGUGGUGUGUGAGGUGUGGCUGAGUGUGGACAUGACCUGCUGCACCUGCUCCAUCUUGCACCUGUGUGUUAUUGCGCUGGACCGCUACUGGGCCAUCACCAAGGCGGUGGAGUAUGCACGCAAGAGGACGCCACGUCAUGCUGUUACCAUGGUCACUAUUGUCUGGGUGGCCUCUGUGUUUAUCUCAUCCCCGCCACUUUUCUGGCGUCGACGACACCAUGACGUUCACGAGUGUGCAAUUGAGCAUGACCAGCUGGGCUACAGCAUAUACUCCACCUUUGGAGCCUUCUACAUCCCCAUGACCGUGAUUCUCAUCCUGUAUUAUCGCAUUUACACUGCGGCAAAGUCUCUCUACCAGAAGCGUGGUUCCUCGCGCCACCUCAGCGACUCCCUAAACCACUUCCGGGUUGACUUGUCUACCUCUGACCCCGGUGUGGAGCUGGAGACGCUAAACAGCCCUGACGAGAGGAACCAGAUGUGCAGCUCCCGUGAGAGGAAGGCGGCACGGAUCCUUGGCCUCAUUCUUGGUGCCUUCAUCUUCUGCUGGCUACCUUUCUUUAUUAAAGAACUCCUGAUGGCGCUGAAGGUCCUGCAGCCUUCUCAACACGUGUCCGAUUUCCUCACAUGGCUCGGAUACAUGAACUCCCUGAUCAACCCCCUGCUCUACACCAGCUUCAACGACGACUUCAAACAGGCAUUUAAAAGGCUGCUGCAGCGCAGGGAGCACACAUGAGCCAUGUAGACAUUAAUUCUGUUACUUGUUGAUUGGAGUAAGGUGAAGAGUAGGUCAACUUCAUGAGGCAUUCCCUGAUCAGUACUGCAUUGCCGAGAUAUAAUGUUUACACUACAGUACACUCUAUAUAGUGCAGCACCAUAGAGAUUCUAUUUAGCAGGAUAACUGUUUACUUAGCCAGCUACCUAAGCAUACAGCAUCUACAAUGGAAGCCCAGUUGUGGCCCCCUCCCCAACCAGCUGCUAUAUAGCACAUUAAUAUAAUAACUAAUACACUCCUCUGUGGGCUACGGUAGGUAGAAGACCACCUAAGUACUGUGCAGUAGCUGUGAAGAGAGUGGUGUGUUGUUGUUUCUUGUUUGAUUCCCUUCAUCAUUUUAGGUCUCUAAACAUCAAGAGAAUAUACCCAGAAUGCAUUGUUGUAUCUGACAUUGUUUUCCCAACGGUGUAGAGAGGAUCAAUAAAAUAUUUUUAAAAAUUGGUUUGUAUUUCUUUGACAGUCCGUGAUACUUAGCAGAUCGGCUACUGUGCACGCUAAACAAUUAGCAAACAGGUUUGAUUAAACCAAUUACUAGGCAUGUGUCUGUUUCAGUUUGGUUUACAGCUGUACAGGGUUUAAAGGAGGAAACAGAGAGAAUUCAGAUAGGAUUAUUUUAGGUUACUGUGAAUAUAGA